UUCGGCUGGUUCAAUUUUUGAAUUGGAUUUUUUUUUUUAAAUGAUUCAUUUUUUCAAAAUUUUUUGCCAAUUUUAAUUAAUUUCGGAAAAAUGUUUAAAAUCCAUAAAUAUCAAUUGAUGGCCAUACGUUCAUGGCUACGAUUAUAUCGUCGAUUUCAAUCGUCACAAUCCUAUACACAAACAUUAAAUUUACCACAAAGUAAUUUUCCAAUGAAACAUUCACGUAAAUUAGAGCUUGAAAUUGAACAACAACAGAAUAUAAAAUUUGAAAAUUUAUUUGGAAUAUCAUCAUCCGAACAACAAAAAUGUGGAAAAUUCGUUUUACAUGAUGGUCCACCAUAUGCAAAUGGUGAUGCACAUUUUGGUCAUGCCAUCAAUCGAAUUCUCAAAGAUAUUAUAGUCAAAAGAAAAUUAAUGGAAAAUUAUGAUGUUGAUUUUCGUCCCGGUUGGGAUUGUCAUGGAUUACCAAUCGAAUUGAAAGCAAUACCGAAUUCAAAUUCAAAUUCAAAUGAACUGGAUCCAUUGGAAAUACGUGAUCGUGCACGACGUUUAGCAUUCAAUGCAAUCGAUCGUCAACGACAAGCAUUUAAUCAAUGGUUUUUAUCGGCCAAUUGGUCCGGUAUUUAUCGAACAAUCGAUCUGGAUUAUUCUAUUCGUGAAUUGAAUGCAUUUUAUUCAAUGUACAAAAAUGGUUUAAUUUUUCGUGAUCGUAUGCCUGUUUAUUGGUCACCAUCCACAAGAACUGCAUUAGCCGAAGCUGAACUUCAAUAUCAACCAGAUCAUUUAUCUCGUGCUGCAUUUAUACGAUACCCAGUUGUUGAUCAACAAUAUGAUGCCUUAAUUUGGACAACAACACCAUGGACAUUGUUGGCCAAUGAAGCAAUUGCUUUUGGUGAACGAAUGAAUUAUUGCCUUAUCCAAAUUGAAGGUGAUAAUAAUCAACGUCCAUUAUUAGUUGCACGAGAAAAUCUUCCAGUAAUUCAGGAAAUGUUUAAAAAUCGCCAUAUUCAAAUUGUUAAAGAUUCAAUUUGUGAAUUUGAAAAUUUUCAUUAUCAAGAUCCAAUUAAUGGUAAAUGUAAAUCAUUUAUAUCAAGUAAAUUGGUAACAUCAUCAAAAGGUACUGGUCUUAUUCAUAUUGCACCCGAUCAUGGACAAGAUGAUUUUAAAUUAAUGCGACAAUAUUCGAAUGCUAGUAAUAAAGAAUCGAUUGUAAAAGAAUCGAUUGUUGAUGAUGAAGGUCGAUUACGAUUACCGAAUAAUCAAUCUUCUAUAUCAAUAAUCGAUGAUAAUCAAGCAUCAAAUUAUGUUCUACAGAAUUUAUUACCAAAAGAAUCUAUUCUAUAUGAACAUGAUUAUUUACAUAGUUAUCCAUAUGAUUGGCGUAGUUCAAAACCGGUUAUUAUAAAACCAUCGGAUCAAUGGUUUUUAAAUUUAGAAAAAUUAAUUCCAAAAUGUUUAUCAGCAUUAAAUGAUGUUCGAUUUUAUCCGGAAUUAUUACGAAAAGAAAUGUUAAAUCAAUUAUCAACAAGACCUAAUUGGUGUCUAUCGAGACAACGAAAAUAUGGUGUACCAAUACCAGUAUUUUUUGAUCAAAAAACUGGCCAACCAAUUUUGAAUGAUAAAAUUUUUCAUACUUUAAUGAAGAAAUUCAUACAUGAAGGUUCAUUAGAUAUAUGGUGGAAACAAUCACCAUCUGAAUUAUUGGCCGAAUGUUCAGAUUGUAAUUCAUUGGAUCUAGUCAAUUUGAAAAAAAGUGAAGAUAUUUUGGAUAUUUGGUUUGAUUCUGGUUGUAGUUGGUUAACUGUUUUGGAUUCAAAUCAAAUUGCUGAUCUUUAUUUGGAAGGUGUUGAUCAAAUUCGUGGCUGGUUUCAAUCAUCAUUAAUAACAUCGGUUGCAUUACGUGGCCAUGCACCAUAUCGUUCGAUUAUAAUACAUGGAUUUGCACUUGAUGGUGAUGGUAAAAAAAUGAGUAAAUCAGUGGGAAAUGUUAUCAAUCCAAUGGAUAUUGUUAAUGGUAAUGCAUUUCAAACAAAUCAACAACAACAACAAUCAAAAAAGAAACUAUCCGGUAAUGAUUGUGGUGUUGAUGGUCUACGUCUUUGGAUUGCACGUAAUGCAUGUACACAUAAUGAUGUAAAUGUUGUUUUAAAUGAAUUUCAAAAUGAUAUUCCAACAAUUUUAAAUCGUUUUCGUAAUACAUAUCGAUUUAUACUUGGUUAUUUGACAAAAUAUUCACCAACAGAUCAAUCAUUUUUAAUUGAUUUUUCAAAUAAUCAACAACAAUCGAUACCAUUGAUUGAUCAAUAUCUUUUAUAUAAAACAUUAAAAUUUGAUCAACAAGCAAGAAAAUAUUAUGAUGAUUAUCGUCUGGGGGAUCUUAUCGAAACGAUGAUACAUUAUUUUAAUUAUGAAUUUUCAACAUUUUACUUAUCAAGGAUUAAAGAUCGUUUGUAUUGUGAUCCAAUCGAAUCAAUGGAUGUUCGAUCAAUUUUAACUGUUUUUCAUUAUGUAUAUAAUACUGUUGGAUUUCAUAUGGCACCAAUAUUACCACAUUUAAUUCUUGAAUGUCAAAAUUAUUAUCCAUUCGAUCACCAAGCUGUUGUUGGUAAUGAUAAUGGAAUGAUGAUGAAUCCAGAUGAAUCAGAAUUAUUACUGAAACAAUUCAAAUUAAUACAAUCAAUAAUUGGACGUAUCAAUGAAUGGGCACAAUCAAAACAUCGUUUAAUCGAUUUGGAUUGUUAUUUAUCGAUAACGAAAAAUCAUCCAAAUUCAAAUGAAAUUUUCGAAACAUUUCAACGAUUUCAACCGAAUUUAUUAUCGAAAAAUAUGAUGGAAAAUCGUUCAGAUUUAGUUGAAUGUUUACAAGUUGCACGGGUAUCAUUUGGAAUUGAUGAAUCGAACGAUAAUAAUAAUCGAUAUGAUGAAUGUUGUCUGGAAUUACGUGAUACGAUACUAUCGAAUACUAUCGAUUCGAAUCUUAACGGUAAUGACGAUGAUGAUGAUGAUGAUGAUUGUCAACUUCGAAUCUAUUUAAAACGAACCGAAAAUCAACAAUGUCCAAGAUGUCGUCGUUUUUCAAUGAUAAAUGCUGAUAAUAAUCAAAAUCUUUGUGUUCGAUGUAAUUUUAUAAUGUUACAUCAUAAAUGAUCAAAGAAAGAAAGAAAAAAAGUAAGCAAAAAUCAUGUUCACACUACACACACAAAACAAAAAAAAUUUUUUUUUGUUUUUUAAUUUUCAAAAUUUAGUUAUUUAAAAUCAUUAUUAUUAUCAUCAUUUAUAUAAAUUGUAUAAAUUACACAGCAAGCGAACAAGAAUAAGGGAAAAGAAAGAAAAAGAAGAUUACUGGGGGAUGAACAACAACCACCAAACUUGUUAAGGAAUGUUUAACGAAAAGAUUUUCUUAUAAAUAAAAUAAAAUAAAAAUUGGA